UCGAGCUCAGGUCGCUGUGGUGUACCUAUCUGGACAUCAGUUGACUGUACGCUUCUUUUUCUUGUAAACCGUUCAAUGCACUACAUGAAGGAAUUUUGAGAAUUCGCGAUUUAGAUUUUUUUCUGUUAAGUCAUAUGACUCGAGUAGCGACCGGUGGCAGAACAAUAGAACGAAGUAUUUUUUUUUUUUCAACAAAAGACCGACUGCUACUUUGGAAUACAAGACGGACUAUAUCACAGAAAGGGCUGCCAAAAAUGAAUUUCCGAUUUCUGUACUGUAAACUUCGGCUUUGCAUAAUACAUUUGAGAACCGGAUUGGGGAGCACAGUUACACUGCUUUAACUUAACAGUCUACAAAUUAUUUAAUGUAUUUAAGUUUUUUAUGUAGGCCUAGUUUACACAAGUUGCUACUGCAACCUCCGUUAUUUGCAAGUAAGGAGGGACAAGCAUCACCAAAACGGAGCGCUCAGUCAUUGCGCACAGGACCACGUCACUAAAAACAUUGAAAGUUAUCUGGUUACUUCAUAGCAAAACAUUCUUCAUUUUUAUUCAGAUAACAUUGAGAUAGGAACGGGGAUGAUGACAGGAUUUCGACUGAACUUGGCGCCUCUUAAGGAACCGCUGGGAUUCAUCAAACUUGUAGAAUGGCUAACAGCCAUUUUUGCAUUUGGGAGCUGUGGAGGGUAUUCUGGCAAGAAUAUUGUGUCGCUGUUCUGCAGCGAAGGAAGGAAUGAGACGCUAAACGCUACUUUCAGCUAUCCCUUCAGGUUAAACCUGGUAACUCUAGUGGAUGGCAACACCACUCUGUGUAAUCACUCCGUGGCCACCACCCACCUGGUGGGAGACUCCGCCUCCUCGGCUGAGUUCUUUGUGGGCGUGGCCAUCAUCUGCUUCUUCUAUGCUAUGAUAGCACUACUCAUCUACCUGGGCUACAUGCAUGUGUACAAAGACUCCGACUUUGGCCCCAUGUUUGAUUUUGGUCUGACGGCAGCAAUUGCCUUCCUGUGGCUGGUGUGUUCCUCGGCGUGGGCCAAGGGACUGCAGAAUGUGAAAGACGCGGUUGGGACAGCAGGCAUUGUGUCCACCCUAGCAAUCUGCAAAGAGGGCAACGUGACCUGUGAGGUCACAGACUUUGCCAGUGUGCGAGCCCUCAAUGUCUCUGCGGUGUUUGGCUUCCUGAAUCUGAUUCUGUGGGCUGGUAACGCUUGGUUUGUGUACAAGGAGACCCGCUGGCACUCUCAGAAGUAUGCUGCCCAGCAAGGGUCCGGACCUGGGCGCGGUCAACAAGUUCCUGCUCCUAUCUAAUACUUUUCCAAAAACAGCCCUUACUGUCCCCUAGGUACUACCGUAGAUCCUAGAAGAUCGGAAACACGUCCUCUUUAUGGAAAUAGGCAGAGUUAUCUCGCCUGCUGACUGUCUGGGUGGAAAUGGGCAAUAUGCAGUAUGGUUAUUGCCCUAGUUAUCAUAUAUAUGCUUGGCCAAUACUGUGCAGUAUAUACCAAUCCCAAUUUUGAGCCAUGUCUUUCUGCAUGCCAAUGUUUUCUCUCUAAGUGCUUUCUUUUACCUCUACACCUGUGCCUUCUUUUCAGUUUAAAACUAAUUGACAGCAUCUGUGUAGCAACUGCUACUAUCUUUUAGAGCAUUUCUACUAAACCCUAAUCUAGGAUACCUGAAGUAUGCAUUCUUUAGCCUGCCUAGAAGAAAGCUUUUUUCCGUCCUCACUCACCUCCUGGUACGAAGGAUGAAUGUGUUUCUGAAUGUACCUCUGGCCUUCUGCUAGUCUUUAUUUGUCUAUCAUUCAUAUUUACAGUUUGUUUUCACUUGAAAUUAAUCAGAACGUCCCAAUGUUUCUUCCAAUUGUCUUCUAUUCAUACACCGGAUUUCCAUAUUGUUAUAAUACCCAUUUUUCUAUUCUUUUCUUUAGUGCUCCAUGUAUAUUUGACUUCAUAUUCUUAGUUUUUGUUGAACCAUAGCCAUUAAGACAGUGUGCACUGUACAUGUGAUGGCUUUAUACUUUGAAAUCAGGUUUUUAUUUUUAAUGAAUGGUUAUUAUUAUUGUUAGGUCAUGUUUUCAAGUAUUAAUUUCUUUUAUUACCGUCACAUUUGAUAUUUUUUCUGUUAUAACACUUGAUAUAUUAAAAGUGUCAUUUGAAGUGUUUAUUAAUGGAAGGCUAAAGUUGACUGUGUUUUUGUCUGGUAUACUGGUUAUGCCUAUAUCCUCUGUUAUCAUCAGACCAAUUCCAGCUGUAUUUCCAUGUUGUGGAGAGACAGAUCUGUCCCCAAAGAAAUUAUGAAUAUCUUCUUUCUUUUUGAAUAAAUACCAAUUCAUUUUG